AUGCCUUCCUCCUCCGUCGAGCCGGAGAACGGUGUCGCCACCGCAGCCUUCGUGGCGUCGAGUCCCGCGGUCGACGAGCGCCUGGUCUCCUCCCUGCGCACGCAGGCCGAGGUCGAUCUCCUCUGCAAGAACCACGGCGUUCCGAGCGUGUACACCGGGCGCCCCGCCGGCGACGACCGUCGCGCCUGCACGCCGCCGCCGGGGUCCCUCUGCGUGUAUGCACACGCGCUGGAGGCCGGUAUGCGCGUCCCGCUGCACGGCUUCUUCUGCGAGGUGCUCGGCCACUUCGGCAUCACGCCGGGCCAGCUCGUGCCCAACGGGUGGCGCGUCAUGACGGGCUUCCUCGUGCUCUGUCGCUCCGUCGGCAUGCCGCCGUCGCUCGCUGUGUUCCGGUGCUUCUUCCUGCUGUCCGCGGUCAGCCACAAGCUCAAGGGCUGGUACUGUUUCCGCGCCAGGGACAGCUCCAGGUUGCGAUUCACGGGGAUGCCGAAUACCCCAAUGGACUGGAAAAAGUUGUUUUUCUUCCUCUCGUCGCCGGAGCCGUGGCCUUGCCCCGUGGAGUGGGGCGAGCCGUCGAUGAGCUCCUUCGUAAAUCCGGUGCUAACAAUAGAGGAGGAGAGAUCCGCGAAGAAGCUAUUGGAUGCUUAUGGUGGCGGCGGCGGCGCCGUUGAUAUCAAGACAUGCCUGUGCGACGGCAACCUUGCCGACGCCAACGCCAUGGUAACUGCCGCAUCUCCACCGCCGCCGGUUUCUGCUUCUACAUUUAUCACUUCCAGAAUGGAUUCCUCCGUCUACAGCAUGAUGAAAACUAUGCUUGCGGAGAGGGCGGCCGCGCAAGCGUCGGCGUCGACGAAGAAGAGGAGUCUGGAGCAAGCGAACGGGGAGGAAGGUGCGCCUCUUUCUGUGCUGACGAACACGCCGCCACCCGGCCAGUGUCCGCUGUCGCCGCCGGGCUUCUCUAAGAAGCCACGGCACUCACCCAGCAGGCACGGCGGAGACAACACGAAGUGGGAAGCUGCACGGGAUCUGCUGCAGGGCGCCGUGGCGCCGCCGCAGGAGCGCGUGUUCGCGGCGAACGAGCCUUCCGAGGUCUUCAGGUCGAGCUACGGUGCGAUUCUGGAGGCCGUGAACUACGCGUCGUUCUCCCUGAGCUACGCGCUGCAGCUGGAGGAGAAGCUGGUGGCACGGGACGCGGAGGUGGCCGCGCUGCGGGCGCAGCUGGACGAGGCGAAGGCGAAGCUCGCCGCGGUGAAGCGGCCGGCCGGAGAGGCGGAGCGGGAGAGCGCCGGGACGGCGGCAAUGCUGCAUCCCCUGGGAUCCGAGGAGCACGUCUGGCGGCGCGCGGAGCACGCCAUGGAGGGGUGCGAGCGCUGGCGAGUAGAUGACUGGACAAUGAUGGAGCAGAAUGGCCGGCACAAGAGACGGACCGAACCAUCCACCAAGUACGAUCCCAAGCAAUGGGUUCUGUAG